AUGUCUCACGUGCCUCGGGCUGUUGGGCACAGCUCUGGGGACCAGGGUGAAGAGUCCCAUGCCUGGGGGCUCCUUGGAGGCUCUGAUGGUGGCGUUGGCAAACAGAGCCUCCUUCACCUUCGGGAGAGACACCCCAGCACCCUGUCUUUUCGCUGCUCACUGGCAGACUUCCAGAUUGAGAAGAAGAUAGGCCGAGGACAGUUCAGUGAGGUCUAUAAGGCCACCUGCCUGCUGGACAGGAAGACGGUGGCUCUGAAGAAAGUGCAGAUCUUUGAGAUGAUGGACGCCAAGGCCAGACAGGACUGCGUCAAGGAGAUCGGCCUCCUGAAGCAACUGAACCAUCCGAACAUCAUCAAAUAUCUGGACUCGUUCAUCGAGGACAACGAGCUGAACAUCGUGCUGGAGCUGGCCGACGCCGGGGACCUCUCGCAGAUGAUCAAGUACUUCAAGAAGCAGAAGCGGCUGAUUCCCGAGAGGACAGUGUGGAAGUACUUCGUGCAGCUCUGCAGCGCCGUGGAGCACAUGCACUCGCGCCGGGUGAUGCACCGAGACAUCAAGCCUGCCAACGUGUUCAUCACGGCCACGGGCAUCGUGAAGCUUGGCGACCUCGGCCUGGGACGCUUCUUCAGCUCCGAGACCACCGCGGCCCACUCCCUAGUUGGGACACCGUACUACAUGUCGCCGGAGAGGAUCCACGAGAAUGGCUACAACUUCAAGUCGGACAUCUGGUCCCUGGGCUGUCUGCUGUACGAGAUGGCAGCUCUCCAGAGCCCCUUCUAUGGAGACAAAAUGAAUCUCUUCUCCCUCUGCCAGAAGAUUGAGCAGUGUGACUACCCGCCACUCCCGGGGGAGCACUACUCUGAGAAGCUUCGAGAACUGGUCAGCAUGUGUAUCUAUCCUGACCCUGACCAGCGACCAGACAUCGGGUAUGUGCACCAGGCUGCCAAACAGAUGCACAUCUGGAUGUCCAGCACCUGAACACGUCUGCACCACCUUGUCAAAAGCCAACACCACUCUGCCUUACUUGAGUACUCUUCUCUGAAGUGACCACCUGGUAGCCUGGAUCAGCUGACACGAGAGGGUCCAUCAGGUCCCCCAAAGGCAGCCUUUAAGGCAGACACUGAACACAGAGCACCGGGCAAUGGGCAAAUUCCAAAGUCCCUUCUUUGUACUGUUGCGGGCAAUCUCGGCUGGGUUAACAAGAGCAGUAGAGUGAGCCACUGAAGCCCCCUCAUAUCUGGACUGUAAUGUGAAUCUUUGGGCAAUUCCUCCAGGGGCCUGGCCAGGUCUCCACGGACAGGACAGGUGUGAUUUGUGUGGUGAGCCUUUGCAAAGACUAGCAAGUGAAGUUUAGUUCUUAAGUAUCUUUCCAAACAAUCAAGCUGUGUGCUUAAUUUACUCUGUUGUAUAAAGGGAUAAGUGGAAAUAAUUUUGUAAGUAGAGUAGAGAUUUUGCUAAUAUUUUUAUCUGCAUUUUAUAACUUGAGUAACAGGGAGGAGAACCCAACAUCUAGCAUCGAGUUUCACGAGGCAAACGGCCAGGAACGUGUGGUUUGAGGUCUGAUUUGCCACCUUCUCCUGAACACUUGCCCUGUGUCAGGCACUGUCACCUCCUGUGAUGCUGAUGGUUCUUUGCAUGAUCAGUGUUAAGCAUUUUCCUCUGUGAGAAGGAAGCAUGGGCUACAUGAAAAAUCUAAUGGCUCUGCCCAAAGCUGUUCUUUCCAAAUUCUGAUUCUGCAACUUCCUAGUGUUACCUGGGCAAGUUUCAUAGCUUUUUCUGAGCCUUAAGUUCCUCAUCUGUAAAAUGGGAAGGAUAAUUUAAUCUACCUUCAGGUUUGCUGACAGAAUUUGAAAUAAAAGAGGCAAGUUAGCAUAUUGCAGAUGAUCCGAUAGCGAGAGCCAUUCACCAUUUUGAAAACUCAAGUGCACAGACUAUGCAAGUUGAGAAUUAAAGUGCAACUGUAUUAUGUGUAGGAAACCAGAAGCGUGUUCACAUAUUUCUUGUUCCCAAACAGGAUUAACUGUGAAGACUAAUUUAUAAAUGUGAAUUUAAGGAAACUGAA